AUGGGACGGUUGAGCCAGCGAAAGUUAGGAAGAAAACGCUGCAACGGAGGAAUGAGGCAGGUUGUUAAGAGGGACGUUUUGACGCUUCUCGUAUGCCAAGAUGGAAUAAUUGAUGGCACGAACAAUUUGGGCGUGGCUUACAAGGCGGAUAACAAAGGGAAGAAGGCUCGGCGGACAUUCCGAGUGCCAAUUGUUUCCCAAAAACGCGUGCCAAUCCGAUUGCCCCAUUGCGCCCUCAAGCCAUUUGCCUGUGCACAUCAUUCAAUUCCUGCAGCCUAGAAUUUCCGUGGUUCUAGCUGAUCGGAAAUCUCUUCUCUGUCCUUUGCAAAAAAAUCCUCAAAAAACUAUCACGUUAUAUAUAUCUCUUUUCGUGAGAGCGACUAUUGAAGAAGAAGUUUUUUCUAGAGGAAGAUUUGGCGCCGUCAUAUCUUCAAAACUGAAUGAAGGCUUGCCGGCUGGCAUCACGAGAGAUCAUGAGACAAAGAAAGAUGAGGGCGGAAAAGCGCUUCGGGGAGUUUUGGGGUAAUUAGCGACGACACGAGGCUCUGCCCUUCGUAAAUAAGCAAGCAGCAGCUGGGAUCCGCAAAACGGACUAUGUUUUACAACUAAUCACUCCUCCAAUAAACAAUACCCUGGCCCUUGAGGAAAACAAGCUUUUUUAAUCAAAUUUUUUGAAGCUGAAAAAUUUUCUGAUGAGAUUUAUCUUCGGAGUAUAAAAUGUUGACCUCUCGCCUUAAUGCGAAACUUUACAGGCUCUUAAUUGAGUUAUAUAUUUCAAAAACUUGACACAACAGUUAUUUUGAGUGAGAAAAAAUAGAAAUAAAGAAAAAACGAAGUCUAAAGUUCGUUUAGAUGUCAUAGAACCAAAAAAAAUCUAUAUAUCAAAAUCAGUUAUAUCCCCCAGCUUCGAAACUCCCUUAAAAGCUCCGAAAGCAGUUCCAUGAGAUGCAUACCCAUUUAAAGGUUUUCCAAGGCAUAAGGCUUGAGAAGGAUGCUUUUCUUCUAGUCGAUUCCAUCAAAAAAGAUAUACCGGAACCCUGUAGUAAUUCAUUUUCACACCAAGAAGUACGACAAGAAAACAACGAAAUAGUGGAGACCGAGAGGAAGAAAAAGCUGGAGAUCCGCCCAGAUCGCCGACCGACACAUGUUCUCAGCCUUGGCCACUUUUCUGUCCAACCAAGGUCCAUGUGAUCCUACUAGCAUUCGUCACUCUUUAAAAAAAAACUUUGAAUAUAAUUCGUAGCCCCUACUAACUCUUGUUUUUUUUUUGCGUUGCUACAUCAACCUUUCUCUUUCAAUAUAUAUAUUUCUGAUAACAAAUUCAAAACUGAGAGAAUUUUUUCUUUUAAUGCAAAUGAUUCACCGAAGAGUUGAGACAUUAGGGUACCAUAAACAUUAUUUGAAAGUUGCUUCUGUGCUGUAUUAAUCGUCAAGAAUAAUGUCCCCCAACCAAUAAAAAGUCCUUUGAAGCUAAAGAAAGUGGUCAAUCACCUAAUUCUUUCAAAUCACAACUGCGCGCCAAUUUUAAGAACUGAGAGAGGAAAAAAAAAAUUUUUUUUCAACUUUGAUUUUCUGAUGCUCAGUUAAAAUAGAAGAAGAUAAAGCGUAAAAGCCUAGAGAGAGAGAGAGAGAGAAAAAGCUGUAAAUUGAAACAUAUAAAGUCUCCAAACUUUUCUAUUUUUUAAGAAAGUUCCAACACUUAUUUUUUAGAUGUCAGGCAAAACUAAUUUUUUGCAAUAAAUUUCCGUUAAUCUUCUAUUCAAUCCAAACUCAAGAAAAAAAUAAUUUAGUUUUUUUAUGUCGAGAAAUCUGAUAUUCGAUGAACUUUCAUUCUAAUAACUUGGCUUUUUUUCCGAACAGAAUUUUUAUUUCCUACAAAAGAAAUAUUGAUUAUUUAUUGGCUAGUCUGAUAAAUUCCUUCUUUCAUUUUAGAAACUAGAAAAAAAAUUUUCGAAAUUUGGCUGAGUAAGAAAACUCAAUAAAGUGUGGUUCCAAAAAAAAAAGAGAAAAUAUUUUCAGUAAGCUCGCUGUUAAUGAAUAACAAUGCCUUGAGGCCAUUCUCACGACGAAAAAAGACACAGAUGGAAAUCGAAAAACAAAAGUCGCAAGGGGAGGAGGAAGACGUGAGAAGAAGCGAAACGACGCAAGACUGGAGCUCGAGUGACCGAGAAGCGUUCGCCGAAAGAGACAAAGUCUCGCGGGAAGGGCCACACAGAGCAACAUCCUACGCCAAGUCUGUUUAG